UACAUAGCCAGUCAAAAUUCAAAGAUGUAGCCUCCCUUGCCUCAACAACUCCAUUUAUAAUCUCUAUACCCCACACCACUCUCUCUCUCUCAAUUAAAGACAAAUUGGUACCACACAAAUAUUCAAGUAUUCACCACAAAAUCGUUGAACCCAACAUUCUUUCUUCCAACAAACAAUUAAACACAGUCAAAUAUCUCAACCUGUCUCCUUUAGUGCAUGUGGAAAUGGAGACGACCAAGCAUACCACCUUAAAACAGCUCAUGCACAGCGGCGGCGACGGAGUCCCCCCUCGGCCUCGGCGGAAGCCUCCAAUCCACAAACACAAUGAAGAAGAAGUGAAGUUAGCUGCCUUAGCAAUCAGCUUCAACAUGAGGCUGAGGUCCGCCGACAUGCCGCUUCCCAUGCAAGAGCGCGCCCUCCGCCACGCCCGAGCCCUCCUUGACGCGGCCGCCCACCGCCGCCGCCCCAACCCCACCCUCCUCGCCCGCUCCCUAAAAAAGGAAUUUGACUCGGUGUAUGGACCAGCAUGGCACUGCGUGGCCGGGAAGAGUUUUGGAUCGUUCGUGACUCACACACCGGGUGGCUUUCUCUACUUCUCCAUUGACUCGCUUUCCUUUCUCCUUUUCAAGACGGAGGUUCAUCCCAUCUCACAGACAUCUUGAUUAUGUUCGUGUUCGUUCCAAGGGUAAUUGCGUCUAAAUACACAAAAAAAGUUUCAAUUGUUUUGAUUUUAACAUGCCUAAACAUAUUAAUUUUGAGGUGUACAUUGGAAAUGUUUACAUAUGGCUUAAACGAUGAAUGUGGUUGGAUGUCACCCUAGCCACAAUACCAUUCAUGUCGACAAAUACCAGUUUGGUAAUUUAUGUAUUCGGAUUUUGGAGGCACAAUUUUUAGUUUAUGUACACAAAUUUGUAUUUUUAGACUCAAUUAUUAUCCUUUUUCA